AUGAUCAUCAACCAUGACACCCCCAAUGACAACAAUCACAGCGGCCCCAACGACAGCAUCAACAAUGACACCCACAACGAAGACAACCACAGCGGUCCCAACAACAACAUCAGCAAUGACAGCAACAACAACGACACCCACAACGACAACAACCACAGCGGCCCCAACAACAACAUCAACGACAGCACCAACAACGACACCCACAACGACGACAACCACAUCUACAGCGGCCCCAACAACAUCUUCAAUGACAGCAUCAACAACGACACCCACAACGACGACAACCACAUCCACAGCGGCCCCGACAGCAACAUCUUCUACAACAGCAUCAACAUCGACACCCACAACGACGACAACCACAUCCACAGCGGCCCCGACAGCAACAUCUUCAACGACAGCAUCAACAUCGACACCCACAACGACGACAACCACAUCCACAGCGGCCCCGACAGCAACAUCUUCAACGACAGCAUCAACAACGACACCCACAACGACGACAACCACAUCCACAGCGGCCGCGACAUCAACAUCUUCAACGACAGCAUCAACAACGACACCCACAACGACGAUAACCACAUCCACAGCGGCCGCGACAUCAACAUCUUCAACUACAGCAUCAACGACACCCACAACGACGACAACCACAUCCACAGCGGCCCCGGCAACAACAUCUUCAACGACAGCAUCAACAACGACACCCACAACGACGACUACCACAUCCACAACGACCACAACAACAACAUCAUCAAUGACAGCAUCAACAACGACACCCACAACGACGACAACCACAUCCACAGCGGCCCCGACAUCAACAUCUUCAACGACAGCAACAACAACGACACCCACAACGACGACUACCACAUCCACAGCGGCCCCGACAUCAACAUCUUCAACGACAGCAACAACAACGACACCCACAACGACGACUACCACAUCCACAGCGGCCCCGACAUCAACAUCUUCAACGACAUGCCAAUAACGACACCAACUCCAGCACAAACCACAACCACUUCGACCACGACUCACAGUGCCAAUAACGACACCAACUCCAGCACAAACCACAACCACUUCGACCACGACGCCAAUCACAACUCCAGUACAAACCACCACUUUGCCUUCAACCACAGUACCAAUCACAACUGCAGUACAAACAACAACCACUUCAACUACAACCACGAUGCCAAUCACAACUGCAGUACAAACCACAACCAGUUCAACUCCAACCACGAUGCCAAUCACAACUGCAGUACAAACCACAACCACUUCAACUACAACCACGAUGCCAAUCACAACUGCAGUACAAACCACAACCAGUUCAACUCCAACCACGAUGCCAAUCACAACUCCAGUACAAACAACCAAUUUACCUUCAACCACUGUACCAAUUACAACACCAACUCCAGUACAAACCACAACCAGUUCAAAUCCAACCACAAUGCCAAUCCCAACAACUCCAGGCCAGACACCUGCCACUGUACCUCCAUCCACAGAGGCAAUCACAUCAACAACUCCAGGCCAGUCACCUGCCACUUCACCUUCAUUCUCAGAGCCAGUUACAAUUCCAGGCGAGACAUCUGCCACUGCACCUACAUCCACAGAAGGAAUCACAUCAAUAACUGCAGGUCAGACACCUGUCAUUUCACCUUCAUCCACAGUGCCGGUCACAACUCCAGGCGAGACACCUCCCACUGUACCUCCAUCCACAGAGGCAAUGAAAUCAACAACUCCAGUCCAGUCCCCUUCCACUGUACCUCCAACCACCGUACCUCUCACCACACCAACUCCCAUUCAAAGAACAACCACUUUACCUCCAACCAUGGUACGAAUCACAACAUCAAGUCUGGUGCAAACAACAACCACAUCAACUCCAACCACAGUCCCCAUUACAGCAACAACUUUAACAACUUCUACUUUACCUUCAACGAGUCCAACAUCUGUGCCACAACCAACAAGCCCUUUACCUUCAACCACAGCAGUAACAACAUCAAUAACCACCACUGUCGAACCAACAACUGCUGCACCAAUGACAAUAUCAACAACAGCAUCAACGAUACCCACAAUAACGAGAACCACAUCCACAAUGGCCUCAACAUGGACAAUGUCAAUGACAGCAUCAAUGACAUUCACAAUGACAACAACCCCAUCCAAAAAGGUUUGCUGGCAUGUGGACCGGAUGAUGGGACAGAGGUCUGA